CGAUCUUGCCGGCCGGCAUGGAAGCCCACAACCUCCAGCCCAAUCCGCGGUUUCUCUUCCGCCAACCGCUCGCCCUGCAGUGGUUUGAAAAUGGCAAGCUUGUUAAGCGAUCGGAGGAGGAGCGGCAAGCUGGCCGCUUUGAGUUGUUUCUCGAUCUGUUGUAUGUCGCGAUUCUUGCGAACUUUGCCGACACUCUUGCCGAGGAUAUAUCAGGUGUGAAAGUAGUGAAAUAUAUUCUUAUUCUUGCCCCAUCAUGGCAUGUAUGGAGUGAUUUGCGCGAAAUCAUGAACUCCUUCUAUAAUGAUGACUUUCUCCAGCGCAUUCUGAUCCUCUGGGUGAUGGCCGUGCUGAUGGUGUAUGGCAAUAAUGCCUCGCUUGUCGAUGAAGAUAUCGGGGCCCUGCGUUCCACCGUCGGCGCGUAUAUGGUUGCUCGGCUGAGCUGCAAUAUCGCGCAGCUAUACUAUUCGUUUGGUAGUUAUCAUCAUCGCCCGCAACAGCGACUUUGGGUUGCUCUAUCUACAGCGUGCCUCUUCAUUUACAUUCCCCUCUAUGUGGAUACUAUCUCCCUUCGACACAAGAUUGCUGUUGCAGCUGUCGCUGUCGUGCUAGAGGAAUGCGUGUGGGUAUUCUGCUACUCACCCAUUGCGAAACGGAUGCUCAAGGCCAAGUAUACAACCGCCGUGGACAUUGCGCAUGAAAUCGACCGAUUCGCUGCCUUCUAUAUCAUUGCGCUUGGAGAGUUCCUCUACUGGAGUAUCGUUGGUAGUCCGGCCGCAAUUGGAUUUAACACUGGCUUGCUUAGAGCCGUAUGGACGCUGGUUAUUGCGUUUUGUCUUAACUGGAUAUACGUGCACAACGACGGAUCGUUACAUGGAACACACCCUCUUCGCCAUUCCAUCUGGACGGCAUUCUCAUGGGCAACUCUUCAUCUCCCGCUGAUUGCAUCUUUGCUUGCGGGCGGACACGUAGCUGCGCUGAGUGCAAAGGAGGACCAAUUCGGAGAGUCUGAACGGUGGUUGCUCUGUGGGAGCAUCGGGGUUGGAUUAUUCUGUCUCUGGGGAUUUGGAUUGCUGUAUGCCGAUAAGGAUGAACCUGGGACGUUGAUGCUGAACAAGCAUUUUCGUAUCAUAAUGCGUCCUAUUGUCGGAAUCGUGAUUAUCUGCCUUCCCCUGGCAGAUGGUGAGAAGGAGGUCACGACGACCAUGUCUACCAUGAUGGCGUUGAUUGUGUUUUGUCUCAUUUGGGAGAAUGUGACUUCUCUCCGAAGAGAUUGCCAGAUUUGGGAAAAGUGGGAGAAUACGAACUAUCCGGAGAAAGUAAUGGACGGGACGAAAGGGUCAGGUUGA